UCAUGCUGCUGCCAGGUCCAGAGUCUGUCAUGGGUCCCUGUACGGCCUCCCAUUGCUGCUGUCUCCAUCGCCACACUCUGCCAUGUGCCACUUUCAGGUCUCCUCACACACUGCUGGUGUGUUGAAUUUUUUGACAUAGGGUGCUGGCAGAUUACGGGCCUCCCAUAGCUGCUGCCAGGCCCCUAAUCUGCCAUGGGCCCUAUACCGACUCCUCAUGCUGCUGCCAGGCCCCUAAUCUGCCAUGGGCCCCUAUACCGCCUCCCUCAUGCUGCUGCCAAGUCCAGAGUCUCUCAUGGGUCCCUGUACGGCCUCCCAUUGCUGCUGUCU